AAAAGGAAAAAGAAAGGAAGUCAAAGGAAGAAAGGAAAAGAGGGAGAAAUUAAACCCCCAAUUUAACAAACGUUGCAGCAACAAUCCACUCGAUCUACUGCAAGGGCACACAUUUAUAUAUAUAUAUAGUGACCACCACCACAGACUGUGUACCAACGUCACUGCAUUGUACUGCAGUUUGUUGCAAUGAUGAUGGAUAUUUACCUGUUUGUACCUGGCUAGCUGUACAACUUGGUACAGGUGCAGCAACAGUGACCACUGUCAAGUCAGUGGCCUGUUGACUUAUUUGGACAUAUUUUUGCCACUUGUGAGACAAUCUUAUACACAAUCACAUAUACACAUGCUCAUACACAUAAACGCAUAUAUAUGUAUCGACGUAUACAGACAUAUAUGUAAAUAGACUACUAUAUCUGUAUGUAUUUAUAUACAUAUAUUUACAAUUAUAUAAUAUACAUCUGGUGAACAAUGGAAGUUGAUCCUCCGUCUGUGAGCAGCUGUCCCUCGACAGUAGGGACGAGCAGCUGUGGCACUGGAGGCCUGAAGCGCUCAAACAGUGCCCCCAUGAUAAAUGUUCUGACUGUGUCGGCUGUUGACUACAGUCCAUCCUUGAUAAAACAAGAAUCGAAGAUUCGCAGAUUCAGCUCCAGUAACAUGUCGCUGAACAAUCUAAAUUCAAAUCUGAAAAUUCCUGACAGAAUAAACCAAAUCAAAAGAGAAGAAAGCCAUAUCACUGAUCGAGAAACUGAGCAUGAAAGACAAAUACAGAAUGCCAUUACUAUGUCUAAUUCUUGGGAAGACUUUUCUUUGGAGGAAGCCAUGUUACCUGAGAGGAGAUCACGAUCCUGCAGUGAAUCCCUGUCCAUAAUUACACUGCCAGCCAUGGCAUGUGGGUCACCUUCUCCACCGCCACCACAACAACGGCUUGGCAAGCAAUGUUUUUCUCCGUCUAUGCAAGUUCCUGUGAAAAAUGUUGCGUUUUUGUCAAGUCCUACGCACAGUCCGAACACAAAAACAUUGAUGAGGAGCAUGAGUCCAAUUGCCAGGUACAGCCCACUUGGGAAAAGAAAAUCUGAAAGUGGAGACGGUGAAAAAUUCGAUUGCUACUUAACCCCGCCUAAAAGACUCAACACUGGAACAUCCCCAGUCCGCAAUAUCACAGCAACACACCCUAAAUUCCUUACAAUGUCUUCCAACAGCAGUAUGGAUGAGUGCUGCAGCCCUGAACCCUGUAUACAACCACCGCGAAGUUUGAGUAUAUCAUCGCUGAGUCCGCUCAGCCCUUUGCAAAGUGGAAAACCUGCUCCUAUGUACAGCUUUACACCGGUGAGGGACACUCGAGAUAUGGGUGCGACAGAUUCCGAGAACUCAGACAUGUCCGAAUCCACCGACCACAUUCUCGGACCCAUGGACAGUCCGAGCUUCCCUGGCAUGAAGCAGGCACCCCCUGUGUGACACCACUCCUGCUACAGUCACAUUUAACCCCCCGAAUCAAAUCAUAGUUUUUUUUUUUUUGUUUUUUUUUCUUCCCCCUUCCUCACUUCCCAAAACUCUCUUUCUCUCCCCUAUCAGUUACUUCCAC